CUUAAAGACUCAGGAUAAUAACACGGAAUUACUCCAGACGUUUUGUUUGUAGAAGGCUUGUUUUAACACACCAGAAGAUGCGCUAGGUGGAUAAGCCGAUCUGUGCUAAUGGAUUCGACUUGUGUGAAACAAUUGUGUUUUGUGCUAGGUACCAGGAUCCAGUAGCAGUGUAGUGUCACCCUGGUUAUACAGUUUCAAACGUGUUCUGCUCCAAUCUCACAAGGUACCAUGCAAAAUAUCAUUUUUCUGAUCUAUUUUCUCUGGAAUAUUCCCGUUUGGACAGUUUGGGCUCUCAACUCGUCCUUCGCUAAAGAGUGUAUACAUAAUGAUGGCUUUAAUAUCUACCAAGACAGAAACAGAUUACGUCACAUCCGGUCUGUUACGAACUCGUCAAGCAUCCCUGGUGGUCCAUUAACGCUUCCAAUAGGGACUAUCUUUAAUGCUCAAGACCAACAACUCCGUUCCAGUUUCCGCUUAGCAUGUGAUCUAUACAACCAAAGGCCGGACAAAAAAUUCGAGCUAGCAUGGUCUACUAAAACUAUUGAUGUCGCUGACAAUUUCCAACUCGCCACCGCUCUCUGUACUCAGAUGUCAAGUGGGGUGUUUCUAUUCUAUGGAAUGAAGGACAUCAAUUCUCUGGACAUAGUCGAAGCCUACACUCGACGUUUCCACAUGCCGUAUAUAUCACCGAGCCUGUCCCGUGUGGUCACCCGUUUUGACGCACCUUUCCAAGUUCAUAUGAAGCCGUCUUACACUAUGGCCAUUGUCGACAUGAUCUUAUUCUACAAGUGGAAGUUUGUACAUUUCCUGUACGACUCGGAUGAAGGUCUACAACGUUUACAGCAAAUCUAUCAGUCCGAAAAAGCAAAAGAUUUGAAAAUUGGUUUCCGUCGCCUGAAUGACGUGAAUCACGCGCAUGAAGAGCUGAAACAUCUAGACAGGUUUAUUAAGGAUAAUGUGGAAAAGGCAAUUAUACUGGAUCUCACUUCACAACAGGCGUAUGAAUCUAUCCUAAAACAGAUUGCUGAAGUCGGGAUGAACAAACACAGUUACUUUUAUCUAUUGGCAACAUUGGAUUUCUCUCAACUUGACUUUCGAAGAUUCUUGCAUGGCGGCGUCAAUCUUACAGGAUUUGACCUAGUAUCUGAAGAUAAUGAUGAAAUAAGGAAAUUCAAUAAGAAUUGGAUGAGCGCAAAAAAGACGGAGUACGCUGGAGCCGGUCAACCACUUACUGCCGAAUCAGCCAUGGCUGUUGAUGCUCUCCGUCUGAUCGUCGACACGUUUUCCCGGAUGUUGCGACAUAAUCAGCAGGUGUUUCGACCCAAUUUUCGGCGUGGAAAAGUCUACAACAGUAAUUACAGCAAAGAAGGAAUACCAUGUAAUCGACUACAGACGAAUGACCCGCCACCAAUUCCUUGGAUGCAUGGCGAAAACAUUACACAGUUCCUUAAACAGGCAGAAUUUGAAGGGCUAACGGGACAUAUAUCAUUUGAUUUUGAGGGAUUUCGCCGUAAUUAUACACUGAACGUCAGCACGGUAGGGCAAGACCACGGGCCAGUCCGGAUAGGUUAUUGGCAGCCGGAGUUUGGGUACCGUACUUCAGACGAAGAACCACCAGACCUCAGGCCUGUUACUCACUCAAAGAUAAAACGCAUCACUACAAUACUGUCGCAGCCGUUUUUAAUGCCGAAGGAAAAUAAAGAUGGAAAAAUAUUAACAGGAAAUGACAGAUAUAAAGGUUAUGCUUUAGAUAUAGCGACUGAGAUAGCAAACUUGCUCCACUUCAACUUUACUAUGAAUGAAGUAGGGGAUAACGCCUAUGGUAUCAAAGUCAAUGGCACAUGGAAUGGAAUGAUAGGAGAACUUGUCAGCGGGAAAGCAGAUCUUGCCAUAGCUCCUUUGACCAUUACGUACGAACGGGAAAAAGAUAUCGAUUUUACCAAACCGUUCAUGAACAUUGGGAUAAGCAUAAUGAUUAAAAAACCAGACAUUGAAAAACCAGGGGUAUUUUCCUUUAUGCAGCCACUAGAACUUGGUAUAUGGAUUUGUAUUCUAGUUGCUUACGCAGCGGUUAGCGUGGGCUUGUUCCUCGUUAGUCGCUGUAGCCCUUAUGAAUGGAAGAAGGUUGCAGCAUUAAAGGGGGAAUAUGAAAAUGAGUUUUCCAUUCUGAACUCCUUUUGGUUUUCAACUGGAGCCCUUAUGUUACAAGGAAGCGAUACGUGUCCACGGUCCAUAUCUGGACGGAUAAUUGGAACAGUUUGGUGGUUUUUCGUCUUGAUAAUAAUAUCAACAUACACUGCUAAUCUGGCUGCGUUUCUGACGGUUGAGAGAAUGGUAGCCCCUAUUGAGUCCGCUGAUGACCUAGCGAAACAGACAGAAAUCAAGUACGGAACUAUUUCCUCUGGAACAAGCAGGAAAUUUUUCGAGACAUCAAAAGUGCCUAUAUACCAGACGAUGUGGCACUUCAUGUCGACACAACCGUCAGUUAUGGUUGCAGAGAUGUCCACAGGAAUUGAGCGAGUCCGAAACUCAAAAGGAAAAUAUGCGUUUUUAAUGGAGUCGUCGGGCAACGAAUACAUCAACAGUCGUGAACCAUGCGACACUAUGAGAGUUGGCAGGAAUCUCAAUUCUAAAGGAUUUGGGAUUGCCUCUCCAGAAAAUUAUUAUUUGAGGGACGACAUUAACUUAGCAGUGUUGACAAUAAAAGAGAAUGGGGUCCUACACAAACUACGACAGAAAUGGUGGCAAGAUAAAAGUCAGUGUGCUCAGGAUAGCAGCAAAGGAUCUUCUGGAAAGAAGUCUUUGUCUCUUAGCAACGUCGCCGGGGUAUUCUACAUCCUGAUUGGUGGACUGGUCAGUGCCGUCAUUUUAGGGGCCAUAGAGUUCGGUAUGAAAAGACUACGCCUUGUACCAAAGCCUGCCUACAUGAAAGGGACAGAAACGGCCACGUCAUUGAUUGACACACCCUCAGAACGCGAAAACGGCGACGUCAAUGAAUACACCACUCCUCCGCCUCAUUACCCCGCCGAUUUCUCCCAAGAUAAAAGUGUAAGAACGUUCACAUAUGGCACGCCACAGUUAAUCGGAUUUGAAGCGCUGGACGACAGAAAUACUCAUACCGAUGUUUGACUUAAUCCCACAUAACAUUCGUCAACGAAACUGGUGACAUCCCGUUAGCUCCAACAUUUGUAACCUUUUGUCCGGAUUAAAGAAAAUCACAUGAUAAAGCAUAACGAUAAUGGUAAUAUGAUAUAAGUUAGUUCUUAUCCACAGAUUACGUUAUGCCGGAUUAGAAAUUGUUUGCAUAAUGUUCAGGUUCUACUGCACUUAUAUAUAAAAACAUGAAUGACAUUGAAACACAAGUGAUGAAGGAAGCCAAUUUUAUGACUCGUUCCUAUCCCAGCCUUGAACUCAAGAACUACGGCGCCAAGAGCUCCAUACUACUAAUACCUCAAAUCAUCAUUAGACGAUUUGCAAUUAUAACCGUAUCGAGAAUAUGGUUAUGCAACAUCAAAACCUUCUUUUUAACAUUUUUAAGAAGGUGAGAUGAUGGGGCGGUACGACCAGCGGUUGUAUUUAGGAUUGGAGAUUUGGAAGUUUGAGGCCCAAAGAGCACAAGAGUCAUAUACAUGUCUUCCUUCGUCAUUUGUGUUUUUGUACCAUUUAUUCCAUUAAUAUAAACAAGAUUUAUCAUAUACACAAAUGUGUUUUGAUCUGAAGGUUAAAUAUAUGAAAUACCUUUCGUAAUUUUUCUGUGUCUGAUUAUGUAUUUAAGAAACGCGCAUCUUGGAGAAUAUGUUUGAACGGAAC